CAUUACUGCGCUUCUGCACUCAGGACUCUACAGUUAGUGCUUUAGCCGUCGGCUAAAUGUCUGUUGCAGGAACUAAACUUUCGGUAACUGAUAUUCGGCGAAUAUUUUGGUAAAAUUCGACGGGACUGCUUUUCCACAAAGCGUGCGAAGAGGCAGAGAGCCGCGCGAGUAAAGCGAACAUGUCUAUCCUGCCGUUCACACCUCCGAUUGUGAAGAAGCUUCUUGGAUGGAAAAAGGGAGAGCAGAACGGACAAGAAGAGAAAUGGUGUGAGAAGGCGGUGAAGAGUCUUGUGAAGAAGCUAAAGAAAACGGGGCAACUUGACGAACUGGAAAAGGCCAUAACUACUCAGAAUAUAAACACGAAAUGUAUAACAAUACCGAGGUCUCUGGACGGGCGUCUGCAGGUAUCUCACAGAAAAGGCCUCCCGCAUGUAAUCUACUGCCGGCUGUGGCGCUGGCCUGACCUCCAGUCACACCAUGAGCUGCGUGCUAUAGACCAGUGCGAGUUUGCUUUCCACAUGAAGAAGGACGAGGUGUGUGUCAACCCCUACCAUUACCAGCGUGUGGAGACGCCAGUUUUACCUCCGGUGCUGGUUCCCAGACACACUGAUAUUCCUGCUGAGUUUCCCCCGCUGGAUGACUACAGCCAUUCUAUUCCUGAGAACACCAACUUCCCUGCAGGGAUAGAGCCUCUGAUCAACUACAUACCCGAGACCCCACCUCCAGGGUAUCUUAGUGAAGAUGGUGAAAGCAAUGAUCAGCAAAAUCGCAGCAUGGACACAGGUUCUCCAAACUUGUCACCAAACCCUGUUUCUCCUGCAAGCAGCAACCCAGACCUGCAACCUGUAACAUAUUGUGAGUCAGCGUUCUGGUGCUCCAUCUCGUACUAUGAGCUGAACCAGCGGGUAGGGGAGAUAUUCCAUGCCUCACAGCCCUCUCUCACUGUGGAUGGCUUCACUGAUCCAUCCAAUGCUGAGAGAUUCUGCCUGGGCUUGCUGUCCAAUGUGAACCGCAACACCGCUGUGGAGCUCACGCGCAGACAUAUCGGUCGGGGAGUGCGGUUGUACUACAUAGGUGGUGAAGUGUUUGCAGAGUGUCUGAGUGACAGUGCCAUCUUUGUUCAGAGUCCUAAUUGCAACCAGCGCUAUGGCUGGCACCCUGCCACCGUGUGUAAGAUUCCUCCAGGCUGUAAUCUAAAGAUCUUCAAUAACCAGGAGUUUGCAGCUCUGUUGGCUCAGUCUGUGAAUCAGGGGUUUGAGGCUGUGUACCAGUUGACCCGCAUGUGCACAAUUCGUAUGAGCUUCGUCAAAGGCUGGGGAGCAGAAUACAGGCGCCAGACUGUAACCAGCACCCCUUGUUGGAUUGAGCUACACUUAAACGGCCCCCUGCAAUGGUUGGACAAGGUGCUCACCCAGAUGGGCUCACCUAGCAUCCGCUGCUCCAGUGUGUCAUAGGAGACCCAGCACCACAGGCUUCACAACCAGGAACCGAGUGCCUGCAUACUAACCAAGAAAAUAUGAGAAGGCUGGACAGAGAGACAAGCAGACAGACAUAAAUGUCCUCUCAAGUGUUUCCUUUUAGUGUCACUCCACUGCUUGUCAGUCCAGUGAUUUCCACACACAGUUUUGAGCACUUUCUAUUGCUGAUAGCUAUACAGCAUGGCUUGUAUAGCUGUGCAUGACAUGUAGAUUUGUUUUGGUCAUACAAAGAUAGAUUAUAUAUUUUGGCUGUUUUUUUUUUUUUUUUUUACAUUUAAUUUUAAGCUUGGCUUAAAAAUUAGGUAUUAAACCUUACAGAGUUUAAACACUUCAUAUUCAUUGAAGAUGGAUAUGGAUAAAUAACUGGUGAAGUAGAUUUUUAUUAUCAAUCACAUAUAUAAAGCUUGCAGUACUUGAAAGGCUGCAACACUGUAAUUUGAGGAAACUAUCUGAAUUUCUCUCAGGCCAAACAGUUUGCUGUGCUGGCAAUUUCAUAGGCCCUUAACCUCAAGAGGGUUAGUACUGCAUCUCCACGGCCUUAAUUCAAGCGGCUGUGCAACUAUAACCCUAGCUUUUGGCUGUUUUAAAAUGAACAGUAGCUAGGUACUGCUGUUAUGGUGUGUUGGUGCUUACACGCCAUAUUAGGUAACGUAGUGAGCAGUUUAGCACAAUUUAUAGGAUGGUUCAAUGCUGUUAGCCUGGUUAGUGUUUUUUUUUUUUUUCUUCUUCUUCUUGUAGUAUGAAAACUAAAUAUCGCUGUCUCUUUAAUAUGAUAAAAAAAAUCACAUCUUGAUACAAGAUGUGACGUCUGAAAGAUAUAUUUAAGAUUUAUGUUGUGACUUGGAGCUUGACUUGGUGUUUAUGCGAUACCAUGUUAUUCAGAUGAUACAAUUUGACACUGGUUCCAGGAAAAAUAUCCAGCAGGUAUAAAUCAGUAUAACACUUUUUUUGCGUCAAUAUUAUCUUAAAGGUUUUUACAUUUACAACUCAUUGCUGUACAAGUUGGGGAACAUUGGAUUAACUGUUUUUGUAGUUCUUAACAAAACAUCCAGGAUUUGGUAAGGAAUUUAUCAAAUGUGUUGUCCAAUAGAGGCAGAUGUCUCCCAGCUGCAGUUAUGUUUUGUGCGGUAAAUCAUAUUUAAAAUGUGCUGCUGUUUUACUACGUCCAAUAAAUAGUCGGCACAUGCUUUGGCAUAGAGCCCACGUUCCACUUUCUUCAUCUUCAGAGCAUGUGAGCAGUUUCUGAUUUUCAUCAACAUUAUACUAAGCUAAAAGUAAAUAAGGUUACUCACCAUGGUUCAGUAGACUGCUUUAAAAGAACAGUUACAGCUUUCUCAGUCGUUCUCCAUAGCAAGCUGCAGUGCCGUUUACCACAUGGCUCAAAGGAAUAAAUAAAAAUGUGAUGUCCCAAAAAUGUGCAUCAUUUAACUAUGCGUUAACUUUGACAGCCCUUAGUUAUAAAGUUACAAGCCCCCAGUGUGUGUUUUGUAUUAUAAAUACUGAAAAUGGUGCAUUUUUAUGGUGCUUAGUCCCAUGUAGCACAACCUUAAUGUUAAGCACUUGUCUUUGCUACUCUAUCAGAGAGUAAAAAAAAAAAAAAAUCACUUUAACACUGGAAAUUAGGGGUUUGCCAUUCUCAUAACUAUUGUUUUAAUACGUAUUAAAAAAGCAUUCUGCAUAAAAAAAA